ACCCAAAAGAACUGAUAUCAGUCAGACCCUGUCUCUCUCUCUCUCUCUCUCUUGUCUUGGUUCAGAAAAUUCCAUAUGGAUCACGAUGGAAUGUCGGGCGGCUUCUGCAUAAGAUCAUCGCGUGGCGGCGGCGGUGCAAGCGGCGGUGGCAGUAAGUGCGGUCGUUGGAAUCCGACGGCAGAACAAGUAAAAGUCCUAACAGACUUGUUCCGGUCAGGUCUCCGAACUCCGAGCACCGAGCAGAUCCAAAAGAUCUCUUCUCAACUUAGCUUUUAUGGUAAGAUAGAAAGCAAAAACGUAUUCUAUUGGUUUCAAAACCACAAAGCUAGAGAAAGACAGAAAAGACGAAGAGUCACUGUCCUCGGAGUUUCCUCCCCUCCUCCUCAUCCUCCUCACAACAAUAACCCCGCCGCCGCUGAUCAAACUCACCACAAGUUGCCCCCUAAUUCCUCAACAUGUUUGAUGGAUUUAAAGGAUGUGGGUGAGCCUGUGGAGAGAUCAGUGAGGGAGACACUGCAGUUGUUUCCUUUGAAUUCCAUCAUGAGUCAGUCCCCGGAGAAUAAUGAUCAUCAUCAUCAUAAGUUCUUGAGGAGGAGAUAUAAUAAUAAUAAUCAUAAUUUGGGAGGAGAUUAUUGCAGCAGGCUGGAGAUUAAUAAUAAUAAUAAUAUUAGUGCAUCAUCGGUGACAAAUAAUUCGAUAUCUUAUAAUGGUGCUAGGUUUGGUUCUCAUGGUCAGCAGUACAUGACGAUCAUGGAUCAUCCACCUUUAGAUUUGUGUUUAAGUUUCAUGUAG